GGAAUGUCAUUCCCCGCAUCGUCAAAGACGAGCCACGCUGUUGCGCAACCAGAAACCUAUUCUCUGAAGGUGUGGCAGGGCACCUGAGGCUCUUGCGACGAGAUGCUUCGCCCAAGCUCCUCUCUGCGAUGGCCUCGUCUUGCUGCCGCCUCUUUGAACUUAUCUGGUGCCAGCUCAGGUCGGCCACAACAAGCCUGGCUCGCUCGAGCGAAGGCUCGCGAGCCGCCCCAACAAGCGCAUGAUGCCGACAUGAUGCAGAGAGCACGGUGCUGCCCCUGUCAAAUUCGUCCAUUAUCUUCCUUUCGACCAGAAGCGCAAGAUGCAGCACCGUCGCACUCUCGCCGUGCCGCACGGCAGACGCGUCCAUCAACGCGAUACUACAAUGUCACAAAGAAAGAGCCUGCAAAGAGCUCCAAGGGCAAGGAGCGAAUCGGCGGUAGCUCUGAAGAUCCUGCGGCGGAAAAUUCUUCGUUACGGAAAUUGAACUUCGAAGCUUCUCGACAGAUUGGACGACUCGUCAACCGUGUUCACCAAGCGAAAAGCGUUGAAGGCAAACAUGCAGCUUAUGAUGUCCUCCUGAUGCAUUUCGAGAAGCGUACACCAAGAAGGUUAAAGCAAGGAGACGCAAUUUUGUGGAAUCAACUCAUUACUGGUGCCAUCAGUGCUGGAAAGCAAAAGGAUGCGUUCAAGCUGUACAACCAGAUGAAGAAAACCGGCGUGCAACCGAGCCCGAGAACGUACGUCGCCUUCUUCCGCGGCCUUCGAAUCUUGCAAAAGCAGGGAGUCGAGAUCAGUGUCGGAUUAGUUGAUGGGCUUGUUGAGGAUCUGCAUAAGCUUCGCAGUAUGGUCACGGGCGAAGUGGUCGCGGUCAGCCUUGCUCGAGACGUGCAAGCCGGUAGUGCACUGUUUCCCCCCGCUUCUACUGCAAGAGAGGUCGAUGAUGUAGAAUGGUACGACCUGCGGCUCUCUACUCCAGCCUCGCGUAUGCGCAUGACGCGGAACAAGGUGGACCGAGACGCCUGCAGGCGAGCAGAUCGAAGGCGUGCCUGCAAGAGAACUCUAUCGCUUGCUUGAACAGUGUUGGGAAAAAUCGGAGCAGAAGAUUCCGUGGGAAGAGGUCAAGGGGAGAUUCGCCGAGACACUUACGCCGCCGAAUUGGAACUCAGGAAGGGCAGAUGGUGCCGCUGUU